AUGCCUGUCCUUCCCUCUGAACCCGAGUUCGAACAAGCCCACAAGGAGCUUGUCACGACUCUCGAGAACAGUUCCCUCUUCAAGCAGCACCCUGAGUACCAGACGGCUCUCAAGGUUGUUUCUAUCCCCGAGCGCAUCAUUCAGUUCCGUGUCGUCUGGGAGGACGAUAAAGGCAACUUGCAAGUCAACCGCGGAUACCGUGUGCAGUUCAACUCGGCUCUUGGCCCCUAUAAGGGUGGUCUGAGGCUGCAUCCUUCCGUGAAUCUGUCCAUCCUCAAAUUCUUAGGUUUCGAGCAGAUUUUCAAGAAUGCUUUGACCGGAUUGAUGAUGGGAGGUGGUAAGGGCGGCGCCGACUUCGAUCCCAAGGGCAAGAGCGACGCGGAGAUCCGUCGGUUCUGCGUGGCUUUCAUGCGCGAGCUGAGCCGACACAUUGGUGCGGACACCGACGUGCCUGCUGGUGAUAUUGGUGUCGGAGGCCGAGAGAUUGGCUACAUGUUCGGCUGCUACCGGAAGGAGAGGAACAGGUUCGAGGGUGUUCUCACUGGCAAGGGCCUCAACUGGGGUGGCAGCUUGAUCAGACCAGAGGCCACUGGGUACGGUCUUGUCUACUAUGUCGGCCACAUGCUUGAGUAUGCCGGUGCUGGCAGCUGGGCCGGCAAGCGAGUAGCUAUUUCUGGCUCUGGCAAUGUUGCUCAGUAUGCGGCUCUUAAGCUUAUUGAGCUUGGAGCAACCGUGGUUUCUCUGUCCGACUCCAAGGGUGCUAUCAUCGCAGAGGGCGACAAGUCCAUUACCCCUGAGGAUGUUGAUGCCAUUGCCGCCCUGAAGCUCGAGCGCAAGUCAUUGACCGACUACAAGCACUCCUACAAGUAUAUUGACGGAGCUCGUCCCUGGGUUCACGUUGGCAAUGUCGACGUUGCACUGCCGUGUGCCACCCAGAACGAGGUCAGCAAGGAGGAGGCGGAGGCGCUAGUGUCAUCCGGUGCUAAGUUCAUCGCCGAGGGUAGCAACAUGGGCUGCACCUUGGAAGCCAUUGAGGUCUUUGAGGCCACCCGCAAGGAGAAGAAGAGCGAGGCCGUCUGGUACGGUCCCGGCAAGGCAGCCAACUGUGGUGGCGUCGCCGUGUCAGGUCUUGAGAUGGCCCAGAACAGCCAGCGCUUGGCCUGGACUCGCGAGGAGGUCGACGAGAAGCUGAAGUCAAUCAUGAAGAACGCCUUCGACAACGGCAUCAGCCACGCCAAGAAGUAUGUCGACGCCGCCGAGGGAGAACUCCCCAGUCUGGUUGCUGGUUCCAACCUUGCCGGCUUCGUCAAGGUUGCGCAGGCCAUGCACGACCAGGGAGACUGGUGGUAA